ACAUUUCGUCGACGCACUUGGGUGAGACUUGUUUACAAAUAACAGCUGUCAGAAACCUACCAGCCAGCAAUUGUUGUAUAUUUCGCCACACAAUGGAAGGGGAAACAUAAUUAUUGCACUUGAGAGCAAUUCUUUUGGUCACUCUUAUGCCUCUCUAAUAUGUUCUAACCCGACAAGUGUGAAGUCACGUCGUCUGGUCCCAUGGCGGAGGGAGGAAGCAAGCUGACACUGAGGCGCCUGGAGGCUCCCAUUCACAAGUUCAUUAAAGUGGCUCUCCCCACUGACCUCGAGCGGCUUCAAAAACACCACAACAACAUAGUAAAGUACCAGCAAAGCCAACAAUGGGACCGCCUUCAUCAGGAGCAUAUCAAUGCCAGCCGAACAGUUCAGCAACUACGAGCAAACAUCAGAGAGAUGGAGAAGCUAUGCGGCCACGUCCGGCCAGAAGACGCCACCGCUGUGGAGAAGAUGGUCAAGCCGAUUAAGGACAGGGCGUCGGCCGCCACGCGAGACUUUCUGCGCAUGCACGAUGACCCCGCCCUUCUGUCCACGCCGCCUUCGCCGCCGCCUGAUUCUGCUCGAGCAUCCGGUCGAGGGCCCGACACGGACGAGGAGUCCGUUUCUGGCUGGCAAAUUCAAACCCAGCUACCGGAGAUCCCUUCCGAGGAGAGUGCUGCUGAGUCUUGGGACAACCUUGAGGAGGAUCUGAAGCAGCUGAGUGGUUUGGUGACAAGCUUUUCCGUGCUCGUCCAUUCCCAGCAGGAGAAGAUUGACAGCAUUGAGGACAACGUCAACACGGCCGGUGCCAACGUGGAGGAGGGGUCCAAGAGCUUGGGGAAGGCAGUAGGCUACAAGUUGGCGAUACUGCCUUUGGCCGGGGCGCUCCUGGGCGCCGCUGUCGCCGGCCCGCUGGGCCUGCUGAUUGGACUCAAAGCGGCGAGCGCGGCCGUGGUGGGGGGCAGUGCUCUUGGCUUCGCGGGAGGCAGCCUGGUGAAGAAGCACCGUAAAAGCUUGCUGGCGCUGCAGAUGAAGCAGCUGACGGCGCCGCCGGCCGACCCCGGGUCAGCCAAGGAUGAGUGAGCCAUGGAGUUUCCCGCCGGCCGCCUGAUGCUGCUUGCAUAAUCAGGACUGUGAGCGGUUACACUACUACGGAUGCAAAAACCAUUUGCAUUUAUGACAUGUGUAAUGAUACUUUUUAGUGGAACUGCGUCAAACUGACAAAAUGGAGGCACCAUGGUCACGUUUGCAGAGCUCAACCCUCUUUCCUGUAAGAAAUUCUCCCUAUUUUGUCAUCUAUUUUACACUGAUUAGGACUUUAGUUAAAACUAAAAUGUCACACCCACCUGUGAUAGGUAAAAAAAAAUUUAUAUAAAAAGACCAUGUAAAAAAAAAAAACUAAAAAAACUUUUAAACCUGAGGUGUCACAACUAUGGCUUGUGGGCCAAUUGCGGGCCGCCGCCCAUUUUUUAGCGGCCCGCAGUAAUAUACAAAGUGUGUCAGAAAAGUUGCACACUAUAAAAAACUUUUAUUUUUUUGCCUGAAAUACUUUCAAAUAUAAAUUACUGACCAACAUUUUUAUUUUUUUUUUUAACAAUGCCUAAGUUUUGCCCUUCAAUGCAGGCCAUAUCAUCAACCGGCACAUCUACAAAAAAAAAAAAGUCACACAGGCAUUCUAGCAGUUGGCCGCUGAGUACAUAUCCCGAUCAGCGAGACUAAUUUUACUGAUGCAUUUGGCAUGACUAAAGUGAUUAUGAAAGGAUUCUAGGAAAGAAUUAUCCCAGUAUUGGAGCAGGAAUUAUGUUUUUGAAAUCUGAAAUAUCCCAUUUUUGGAACACCACGUAUUUCAAAAAACAAAAUUUUGGGUCAGCAUUAUUAUGUAAUAUGUAUUAGAUCAAAUUAGUAUAAAAAUGAAGUCUCCCCUACUAAUGUUGCCUUCUGAGAAAUUGCUGCAACUUCAUUAUGAUACAAAUCUCUAGUCACAUUGACUUGAUAUAACUUUAGUUUUCAUUAACUUAUGCACAACACACCCAAGUGCCAACAUGCGAUUCAAGUAAUGUGCUCCAUGUUUUAUUUUAUAGCUUCUUGUCAGCCAAACUAAAUGUUGCCAUCUUAAAUGUUUCAAUGUCAAUAAAGGCCACACAAUAAUACGCAAAACACAAUAUAUUGUAAAAUGACUUUUAAUCAUCAUCCCUUUUCCUAAUUCUUCCCCUCUUGAGAUGACUUGUUUGGAAAUGGCAAGCCCCUCCCGAUUCUUUCGUGUGUGGGCUGAUAUGUCCCAAUGUCUCUUGGCCUCGAUUGGACAGUAAAAACUAAGCAACAAGUUCCCUAAAUCAAAACAAGUCCACUUUAGGAUCCAUUUCAAGGAUCGCUAACUUGUACCAAAGACUCAUUAAAAACUUUCUUUUUUUUUUAAGAGGGCUCCUCUUUCUGACAUACAUGGUACAAAAACAUGGUUGGAUGGGCUUAUGCAGAACAUCACUUUGCAUCACAGUGGAGUUAAUUGGCUUAAGUGGCACGGCACAAAAAAAAUAAUUUCGCUCAUAAUUAUAGUCGAAUCUUUGGCAAUCAGAAUUUUUUGUUAGGGGAAAUUCCAGUAUAAAUCAUCUUAACUCACAAAAAGUUGACACGGUAACCCAAAGACUGACCCCAAGAUGAACCCAAAAUGGCACUUUACAGAUUAACUUUAUUUGACCUUCUCGAGCCUUUUGAACAUCCGACAAUGACAUGUUCCAUUACUUUUUGUGUAGCUUGCUGACAAAAUUAUUUUCCAAGUACAUCUACUUCUGUGACUUUCUAUAACUCUUCCGCUAUCUGUUGCAACUUGCUGAAUGACUCUCAGCUCAGUGGCCUCAUCCUUCUGAGAACAUCUUGUGGGGUCAAUUGUUAGUUAUUGUCUUGGUUUCAUGAUGACUCUGACGGUUUAAAUGCCAAUUGUAAUUGGAGUAGGAAAUUAUUGGUCCAUUCAUUGAUCGUUGUGAAUUUUGCCAAGUUGUGCAAAAGUACUGAAUCACUGAACGGUUCAUUCAAAGAGGUCAAAUUCAGUUCACCUGUAAAGGUUAGAGGGGAAUUUUAGCUUCGCUGUCAAAUUUCACCCAAAAUCCUGUCAGGAGUAUAUUUUCUGUUUUGUUUUUUAGAAAUGGUAAAUGUACUUGCAGGUUCCCCACCCCUGAUUGAAAAAACAAAGUAGUACCAAGUAGCAAAUGUGUUUUCUAAUCCUUCAGAAAUAUUGCGGAGAGACGAAGAAGAUGCCACGACUUCAAAAUGGCGUCUUGUGCUUUUAAGAACACGCGAGGAGAAUCGCCCGCGUGAGGCGACGUCGGAAAAACCUUGAUGGAAAACGAGCCACGUUUAAGAACAAGUGGAGUGAAGAGUGAAUGGAAUAAUCUAAAGAAAAAUAAUGGUGCAUUUAAUUUAGAACAACAAAUGCCAUGGAACACAAACAUAUGUACAAGCUCGAG